AUGGAUGUCGAUGAGCCUGCUGAGCCGGCGGCGUUCGAGCCAAAGGGGCCGAGGCCGAUCCUCAAGCUCCACCAGGAUGUGGUCAACAGGAUCGCUGCGUCAGAGAUCGUCCUGCGGCCUGCGGCAGCCAUCAAGGAACUCCUCGAAAACUCGCUCGACGCCGGCUCGACGAGCAUUAAGCUCUCCAUCAAAGAGGGCGGGCUCAAACUCAUCCAGAUCACGGACAACGGGCACGGCAUUAAUCGCGCCGACCUGCCGUUAUUGUGCGAGCGAUAUGCGACGAGCAAGCUGCGGGAGUUUAAGGAUUUGAGCAGUAUGCGGACGUAUGGGUUCAGAGGGGAGGCGCUGGCGAGUAUCAGUUAUUGUAGUCAUGUGGAGGUGGUGACGAAGACUAGGGAGGAUGGGUGUGGGUGGAAGGCGCAUUACUCGGAUGGGGCGCUCGUUCCUGCGAAAGCGGGGGCGGGGGCGGAACCGAGACCUGCAGCAGCGAACGACGGGACGAUCAUUUCGGCUGAAGACCUCUUCUAUAAUGUCCCAAUGCGAAAACGAUCCUUCAAAUCAGCGUCGGAAGAGUACAACAAGAUCCUCGACGUGGUGACCAAGUAUGCGAUACACAAUCCGCACUGCGCAUGGGUAUGCAAGAAGGCAGGCUCCAACAUGCCCGACAUAUCCACCCCGGUCGACUCUACCGCCCGAGCCAACAUCUCUCUCCUCUACACCCCGUCACUCGCAAAUGAGCUCCUGGAGGUGCCGCUCACGACGCUCAAGCCAGAGAUGCUGGAUGCGAAAUGUAGAGGAUGGGUGAGUAAUGCGAAUAGUAGCUGGGCGAGGAAGGGGGGUUGGAUGUUGUUUAUCAAUAAUCGACUGGUCGAAUCCCCCAAGAUCAAGAAGGCUAUAGACUCGAUGUACACGGCGUACCUUGCCAAGGGCUCCAAUCCCUGGGUAUACCUCAGCCUCGAAAUGGACCCCGCCAAGAUCGACGUCAAUGUCUCGCCUAGCAAAGCCGAAGUUCAUUUCUUGAACGAGGACGAGAUGAUCCAGGCUGUCGUCAGUGCGGUGCACGAUGUUCUGAAAGGAGCGAAUACGAGUCGGAGCUUUACGGUGCAGACGCUACUUCCGGGCGCUUCUGAGCCUGGGGCUGGCGCGAGUGGUGGUAGUGCUCGAAGUAAGAGCAGAAGAAAGGCGGCGCCGAAUUAUAAAGUCAGGACGGAUAUGGCGGUCCGGACGUUGGAUGGGAUGUUGGCGCCGCAGCAUCCAGGUCAGGUGGGGGAAAAGGGGACCGGGGAGAGUGAAGGUGAAGAUGGGCACGGACGGAAAGGGAAGAGAAGGGCGAUGGGGGAGAGACCGGAAGAUGCGUUGGAGCUGGAGGAGACGGAUCGGGAGGAUGAGAGGGAAGAAGGGGGAGGGGCUUAUGGUGUGGUCUUGGCUGGAGAAAGAGGGAAAGCGAGCGGAGGUGGAAGUGGGGAAAUACAAGAGAGUAUGUGCGAGUUUACGAGUAUUACGGAGUUGCGACGUACGGCUAGGAAACGGGGGAGUACGGUAGAGAUGACCGAGAUCAUGUCCAAACAUGCUUUUGUGGGCGUCGUCGAUCGGGACCUCUCCCUUUGUCUCAUUCAAAACGGGACGAAGCUGUACCUCGUUAAUCAUGCUUCGUUGGCAGAUGAGCACUUUUAUCAGCUCGCGCUGAGGCAAUUUGGGACGAUGCAUCGACUCCGGCUUGAUCCGGCGCCUAGUCUGAGAGAUUUAUUGUGGCUCGCGGUGGACGAUGAAGAGGGAGUCAGGGCGUGCGGGCUGAAAGUGGAUGAUGUGGUCAAUCGACUCUACGACACCCUCAUGGACAAGCGCGAAAUGAUUGACGAGUACUUUUCCCUCCGCCUGACCGAGGCUGGCGCAGUCGAUAGUCUGCCGAUGGUCCUCAGGGGUUACACGCCGAAUAUGGACCGAUUACCAGAUUUCUUGAUGCGUCUUGGGGUGGAGAUCGACUGGGAAGAUGAGAAGGCAUGUUUCCAGGGGAUUCUCAAGGAGUUGGCAUACUUUUACUCGCCAAGACCGGUGGAAAAAGACCCACCGGAUGUCGGGGUCGUUGAUGCGGAAGAAGAAGAGGCGGGAGAAGGGGAGGAGGAGACGACACGAGAGGCCGAGCAUGCGCUGUGGCAGAUCCAGCAUGUGCUCUUCCCGAGUUUCAGGCGAUAUACCGCUUGGCCGGCGAUGGGGAAGGAAGUGGUCCAGGUGGCGAAUUUGCCUGACUUGUUUAGGAUAUUUGAGCGUUGUUGA